AUGCCAGUAAUGAGUAAUUUAAUCAAUUAUAAUUGCUGACGCAAUUCCAAAAUUCCAACGAAAAGAGAAGUACCCAACUUUUUAACUCUUUAAUCUAUAUUUAUAUACAGACACACGAAUAUGAAUGUAAUUGUUUUCAUUUUCUGGCCUUCAAUACCCACACAGACACCGAGCAAUAAAUGCAGUGUUACGGACUACGACAAUAGCAGUGUUCUUUUGUGUGGUUAUAAAGCCACCAGAAGAAGAGAAACUCGACGGAGUUGUCGCCGGAGGGAAGAAAAUGGGUCGUUUUCUGAACCCCACCUCACGAGGGUGCAGAACGACGUUGAAAGAGGAAAGAAGAAGAUCAGAGAGAUUCCGGAGGCAGAUGUGGGACGGCUUAGGCCCUCGGCUUCAGCGCCGGAGUUUCUGCUAAGAACUGGCGGCGCCACCACUCGGGAAGGGUGGCCUUCGUGGUUGGUCGACGUCGCCGGCGAUGCCAUCAAGAACUGGACACCCCGCCGUGCCAACACCUUCGAGAAACUCGAUAAGAUUGGACAAGGAACAUACAGCAAUGUGUAUAAAGCUCGAGACUUGAUAACGGGGAAGGUGGUUGCAUUGAAGAAAGUAAGGUUUGAUAACCUAGAGCCAGAAACCGUUGCAUUUGUGGCAAGAGAGAUACUCAUUUUGAGUAGGCUGAAUCAUCCCAAUGUAAUUAAACUCGAAGGGCUGGUUAUUUCGAGAAUGUCUAGUAGUCUUUACCUCGUUUUUGAAUAUAUGGAGCAUGAUCUUGCUGGCCUUGCUGCUGUCCAAGGUGUCAAGUUCACAGAACCCCAGGUCAAAUGUUUUAUGAAACAAUUAUUCUCUGGGCUUGAGCAUUGCCAUAAAAAUGGCGUUCUACAUCGUGAUAUCAAAUGCUCUAAUUUGCUAAUUGAUGAUGAAGGAAUCUUAAAAAUAGCCGAUUUCGGUUUGGCUUCUUUUUUUGAUCCUGAUCGCAAGAAACCUUUGACUAGUCGGGUUGUCACCCUCUGGUACCGUCCUCCAGAACUCUUACUGGGGGCCACUUAUUAUGGGGUUGGUGUUGAUCUGUGGAGUGCAGGCUGCAUUUUGGCAGAGCUGUUUUCUGGGAAGCCAAUACUGCGGGGUCGAACUGAGGUUGAGCAACUUCACAAGAUCUUUAAAUUAUGUGGUUCUCCAUCGGAGGAAUAUUGGAAGAAAUCCAGAUUGCCAAAUGCAACUCUUUAUAAACCUCAGCAACCUUAUAAGUGUUGCAUAUCAGAGACCUUCAAGGAUUUUCCACCAUGUGCUCUUGCUCUGGUAGAAACUCUUCUUGCUAUUGACCCUGAUGUUCGAAGCUCUACCACUGCAGCAUUAAAUAGCGAAUUCUUUAACACUGAACCAUAUGCCUGUGAGCCAUCAAGCUUACCGAAGUAUCCUCCAAGCAAGGAAAUGGAUAUAAAAUUGAGAGUUGAAGAAGCAAGAAGGCAACGAGGUUUAGGUGGGAAAGCCCACGUCGUAGAUGGUACCAGAAGAAUGAGAAUUCAUGAAAGGGUAGGCCGUGCAAUUCCAGCGCCAGAAGCCAAUGCUGAGAUCCAAGCAAACUUAGAUAGGAUGCGAGUCGAGUCACAAGCUAAUGCUAAGACAAAAAGCGAGAGAUUUCCACCACCCCAUCAGGAUGGAUCGGUUGGAUACCCUAUGGAUACAUCAUUACAAAAUUGCCCUGUAUCUUUCGGUGCAUCUGAUGCUUCUUUUAGUUCCUCGAUUUUUGAUCCAAAACCAUCCCGAUUUCUGAGAAAUAAUACAGUAACAAGUGCAGCUUCCUGGGGGAAAAACAAGAAAGAAGAGCCUCAUUUGGCUCCUCCUCGGAGAUUCACGAACACAUUCUAUCCUUCCUUAAUUGGUUGGUCCAAGGAUUGGAGGUUCAGUCGGAGACGAUCAAUUUCAGAGAAUUUUGCUGAAAGAAGGUAGAGAGAAUUUAAAGGAAACAAAUCUUUUGAAAACUUGGUGUUUUUGCCAUUGUUGGUAUUAAAUGUAAUCUUUUUUGUUAUUAAUUUCAUUCUAAUCUUGUAAUUAUGUGGGUUCUGUUCAUAAUUAACACAUUUCAAAGUCUCAAGUGAGUUGGUUCAUAGCAUCUUCCUCUGUAUUAAAUUCUAUCUUCAUUCGUGAUCGAUUAUGAAAUUUCUAUAUGUGGAAUCCUAUUUGUUGUAUAGUUUAGACUUGAGAUUUUCCUGCCUACCAGGUUUAAUUGUAAAAAUUUUGUAUCUAAUCAUGUACUAAUUGUACUUAAGAUCAAUCUUUUACA